AUGUCGUGUGAAGAAAGCUACUUGGCCAUCAUUCGCUACCUGACCGAUGAACGGGAGCCAUAUGCGCCGGGGACUCCUGGCAACACAAAGAGGAAAAUACGCAAAGCGGCGACCUGCUACGUGGUUCGGAACGGGACUCUGUUCUACCAGCGCCGGCUGAAGGGCCAGGAUGACUUCACGGAGCUGGAGGUGGUGCUGCAGGACGGCCGGAGGAAGGAACUUAUCAACGACGCGCACAUCAUCACCGAAGGAGGGGAGCACCUGAACCAGCAACUCACCUGGGAGACCAUCUCUCAGAAGUACUGGUGGAGAGGUAUCCUGAAGCAAGUCAAAGACCACAUCAGAGAGUGUGCUUACUGCCAGAACAAGCGGAGCACCGAUGAUGGCUCCGGCACUCGGCUGUUCUCCCGGCCGGGGAGACGCAGGGCGGCCGCCAACACGAACGACGAGGAGGAUGAGGAAGAGGAGGAAGAAGAGGGAGAUGAUAAUUUACUCCUCACUGACUCGUCUUGUCCGCCAGGAUCCAAGUGGGCCAGGACGAUGUCCAAGCACGAGCUAGUCUUCGUGGACAGCAAGGGUGAGGUGAACCAGUUCCUGCCUAAACACAGCCAGACCAUGUUGGACAAACUCAACAGCCAGCGCCUCAGCAACCAGUUCUGUGACAUCACCCUGCUGAUUGAGGGAGAGGAGUACCGUGCGCACAAAGCUGUUCUGGCAGCGUGCAGCGAAUACUUCCACGAGCUCUUCUUUGAGAAGGGAGCCGUCUCCACACAUGAAGCCGUGGUCGACCUCUCCGGUUUCACCAAAGCCAGCUUCCUCCCGCUGCUGGAUUUCGCCUACACCUCCAUGCUUACGUUUAAUUUCUGCAUAAUGGCGGAUAUCGCCAAUUUAGCCCGGCAUCUGCUGAUGACGGAGGUGCUGCACAUUUGUGAGAUGGUACAUAAGAAGGUGGAGGAGCAGAAGCUGACGGUGUAUCAGAAGGGAGACGUGCACACGGUGGUGUCGAGCCAGCCGGCUGCUCAGGAGAGCUUAAAGGACGACUCCGGUUCCUACAUGGUCACCAUACAGGGUGACGGCCAAGCGGUGGUCACACACAGCGGUGAGCCUGUAGCUUAUGUUGCUCCAUCUGAAGAGACGUACAUCCAGCAGCCAAUGACUGUGGUCACUGAAGCUGUAGAGGGAGACAAAGAGCAUCAAGUGGCGGCUGGAACAAAUGAAACAGUGACUCUGAUCACUCACAGCGGACAGGCCGAGCCAGGAGAGACCGUCACUCUGAUCUCCCACAGUGCAGAAGGACUAGAGGCGGAGACGAUGACCGUGGUCACCCACAGCGGACAGGCUGGAGCCAGCGAGUCUCUCGCCGUGGUGUCGGCCUGCCUGGCGAUGGAGCAGCCCCAGGACGCUGAAGCUGGAGCCUUCGUGAUAAACGUGGACUCAGACAAAGUGAGCCCCACAGAAAUCGUCAAGGUGGCAUCUGAAGCAGUGACGUCGCCUCAGGAGAAAGCAGAGUCAGCACCUCCGCCUCAGAAACGCAAACGAGGGCGUCCAGCCAAGGUGAAGAAGGAGGUGGAGGUGGAGUACUUCGUGCCGCUGGAGGAGGAGCCGUCUGCUGAUGAUGACAAGCAGGAGGUCAUGUCUGAUGAUCCCAACAGAAGACGACUCAGGCAGCGCUCGAUUGCAGAGGGAGGUUAUGCACGGUUACACAUGGGGCUGGAGGAUGAAGAGGAGGGGAAGAAAGGGACGACUCCACCGCAAGCCACCACCCCAAAGGUGGCUCCGAGGCCAGGAAAGAGAGGAAGACCACCAAAGCAGCCAGUGGAGACUCAAGCUGAAGGACAGUCUGUGGAGUCGGGAGCCGAUCCAGAGGUCAGUGCAGUGGAGAGCGAGGUGACAGCAGAGAUCAGCACAGACGACGCUCCGGUGGCGGUGACAGAGCCUGAAAGUGGAGACAGGAAGGAUGAAACCCCGGCAGAGGGCGCCGCCAAUGAAGAGCACACGUGCUCCGAGUGCGGCAUGUCCUUCCAAAGACGCUACUCUCUCAUCAUGCACACGUUAAAACAUGAGAAAGCUCGUGGAUACAAGUGCAGCAUGUGCAGUAAAGAGUUCCAGUACGCCGCCUCGCUGCGAGCACACCUGGCUCGACACAAGCAGCAGAGCAGCCAGCGAGCCGCCGCCACCAAACCCUCUGCAGAACAGAGCUCCGAGGGCAAGCAGGAGGGCAGUCUGGACGAGAAGAAUCUACCGCCGCACACCAAAAGAGAGUUUGUGUGCGACAUCUGCGGGAAGACGCUGCCAAAGCUCUACUCCCUCCGCAUCCACAUGCUGAAUCACACCGGCGUGCGGCCGCACUCCUGCAAGGUCUGCGGCAAGACUUUUGCCCACAAACACAGCCUGAAGAUGCACCGAGCGCUGCACGACGUCACCAAACAGUUUCAGUGCGAGUACUGCAAGAAGUCGUUCGUGAGCAAACGGAGCAUGGAGGAGCACACCAGCCUCCACACAGGUGAAUCUAAGUACCUGUGCAACACGUGUGGAGCGACUUUCCAUCGUGCCUCGGCUCUGAGCAAACACCUGAAGAAGCACCAGCCCAAACCUGACGUCCGCCCGUUCGCCUGUGCUCACUGUGAUAAGAGGUUCUAUGAAGCCAAAGAUCUGCAGCAGCACAUGAACAAACACAUGGGCCUGAAGCCGUUCCAGUGCCAGGUGUGUGGGAAGUGCUACAGCUGGAAGAAGGACUGGUACUCCCACGUCAAGUCCCACAGUGUAGCCGAGCCGUUCAAGUGUAAUGUGUGUGGGAAGGAGUUCUUUGAGAAAGCUCUGUUCAGGAGGCAUGUGAAGAAAGCCACGCACGGGAAGAAGGGCCGAGUGAAGCAGAACCUGGAGAGGGAGUGUGAGCAGUGUGGAAGGAAGUUCACUCAGCUGCGAGAGUACAGACGCCACGUCAACAACCACCAGGGAGUGAAACCAUUUGAGUGCCUGACCUGCGGCGUUGCGUGGGCCGACGCUCGCUCUCUGAAGCGUCACGUCCGCACCCACACGGGAGAGCGACCGUACGUGUGCCCCAUGUGCCAGGAGGCCCACAUCGACGCCCGCACACUGCGUAAACACAUGGCCAAGUACCACGGGGACAACCUGCCGGGCAAGAUCAUGCUGGAGAAGGACACCCUCCAGUUCCACAACCAGGGCACCCAGGUGGAGCACGCCGUCAGCAUCCUGGCAUCCGAGCUGCCGCCGGAGCUCCGGCCGGCCCAGCCGCAGCAGACCUCAGAGGAGAUCGAGACGGUGCUGAUCACAGAGGAGACGGUGGAGGCCGUGGAGGCGGUGCAGGCUGUGGAGGCGGCGGCCGAUGGCUCGGUGUCGACGCUGUCGGAUCAGGGCAUCAUGCAGGUGGUGAACUACGUCCUGGCCCAGCAGGCGCUCACAGGGGGCAAACUGGAGGAGGCACCCGAAGUGAUUCAGGCCAUGGAGGUGGAGGUCGCUCACGUGGCCGAGGUUGAAUAACUUUGUGCCUGACUGAUGAAUUUAAUCCCCUCGUCUGUAUAAAAUAUAACAGAAUGUAAAAAGACGACUAUUUUUUUUCUUCUUCUUUGUUUGAGAAUGUAAAUAAUUGAACCAGGAGUGGAGUCCAGAAAUGUGUGUGGAUAAAUUGUGCGUGCGCACGCAGUCACAUUUCUAUGUUCCAUGUAAAUAUCUAAAUAAACAGAGGAUCGAUGAAAUGUGGCACUCAGGAGAAAAUAAAGGUAUGAAUUGAGACACGA